UCUCCAUUCCCCUCCCCCCACCCUUUUGCUCUUUUAAAAUAAUUCAGGGAUGUCUCGGGAAUCCUAGCACGCCCUCCCCAUUCAGCCGAGCGCGGGACCCUGCGUGAAUUCCAGAGCAAUGUUCUGGGAUGGUGCCCGAGAUGCGUGGACCGAGCCCAGGCCGCAGGCUGCCCGAACCCGCCCCCUACCCUGCCGCGGACGGGAGCCCUGAGCCCUGGGCCGCAGGCCGCCGCCGCCACGUCCUGGCCCUGCCUGAGGAGGAGGCAUGGCGGCCCCAGCAGUGCUCCCUGCUCGAGGCCGAUGCCUCGGACGAAGUGGGCAUGCUGCCGGCCUCCCCGCGCGCAGCCGCCACCGGCUUCGACAACUUCUUCCCGGUGCACGAGGGCGAGGGCCCAGGCUGGGAGGGCGGUGCGGCCCUGGAGGCUGGCUCCAGCCCCUUUCUCCCGGUGAGCCCCGAGGUGAUGAAGCGGCGGCGCGGGGGCCUCAUCGAGCAGCGCGACAUCAUCAAGGCCCACGAGGCGCACAAGAUGCAGAGCACACCGCAGGCCCGGCGCAAGGAGUGGGAGAUGGCUCGCUUCGGGGAGGCGGUGGUCGGCAGGCCGGGGUCGGGCGAUGGAGACUCGGACCAGAGCAGGAACCGGCAAGGAACCCCGGUGCCGGCCUCGGGGCCGGCGGCCGCCUACAAGCAGUCGAAAGCGCAGAGGGCGCGGACUAUGGCUUUGUACAACCCCAUUCCCGUCCGGCAGAACUGUUUCACCGUCAACAGAUCCCUGUUCAUCUUCGGAGAAGAUAACAUUGUCAGGAAAUACGCCAAGAAGCUCAUCGAUUGGCCGCCGUUUGAGUACAUGAUUUUGGCCACCAUCAUUGCCAACUGCAUUGUCUUGGCCCUGGAACAGCAUCUUCCUGAAGAUGACAAGACCCCGAUGUCCCGCAGACUGGAGAAGACAGAACCGUAUUUCAUUGGGAUCUUUUGCUUUGAAGCUGGUAUCAAAAUUGUGGCCCUGGGGUUCAUCUUCCAUAAGGGCUCGUACCUCCGCAAUGGCUGGAAUGUCAUGGACUUCAUCGUGGUCCUCAGUGGCAUCCUGGCCACGGCAGGAACCCACUUCAACACACAUGUGGACCUGAGGACCCUCCGGGCUGUGCGUGUCCUGAGACCCCUGAAGCUCGUGUCAGGGAUACCUAGCCUGCAGAUUGUACUGAAGUCCAUCAUGAAGGCCAUGGUACCUCUUCUGCAAAUUGGUCUUCUGCUCUUCUUUGCCAUCCUGAUGUUUGCUAUCAUUGGCUUGGAGUUCUACAGUGGGAAGUUGCACCGUGCAUGUUUCACGAACAAUUCAGGUAUUCUGGAAGGAUUUGACCCCCCUCACCCAUGUGGUGUGCAGGGCUGCCCAGCUGGUUAUGAGUGCCGGGACUGGAUUGGCCCCAAUGAUGGGAUCACCCAGUUUGAUAACAUACUUUUUGCUGUGCUGACUGUCUUCCAAUGCAUCACCAUGGAAGGGUGGACUACCGUGCUGUACAAUACCAAUGAUGCCUUAGGAGCCACCUGGAACUGGCUGUACUUCAUCCCCCUCAUCAUCAUUGGAUCCUUCUUUGUUCUCAACCUAGUUCUGGGAGUGCUCUCCGGGGAAUUCGCCAAAGAGAGAGAGAGAGUGGAGAACCGGAGGGCGUUCAUGAAACUGCGGCGGCAGCAGCAGAUUGAGCGCGAGCUGAAUGGAUACCGCGCCUGGAUAGACAAAGCAGAGGAAGUCAUGCUCGCUGAAGAAAAUAAAAAUGCCGGGACGUCAGCCUUAGAAGUACUUCGAAGGGCAACCAUCAAACGGAGCCGGACGGAGGCCAUGACUCGAGACUCCAGCGAUGAGCACUGUGUUGACAUCUCCUCUGUGGGCACACCUCUUGCCCGAGCCAGCAUCAAAAGUGCAAAGGUGGAUGGGGCCUCCUAUUUCCGGCACAAAGAAAGGCUUCUGCGCAUUUCUAUCCGCCACAUGGUUAAAUCCCAGGUGUUUUACUGGAUCGUGUUGAGCCUUGUGGCUCUCAACACCGCCUGCGUGGCCAUCGUCCAUCACAACCAGCCCCAGUGGCUCACCCAUCUCCUCUAUUAUGCAGAAUUUUUGUUUCUGGGGCUGUUCCUCUUGGAGAUGUCCCUGAAGAUGUAUGGCAUGGGGCCUCGACUCUAUUUUCACUCUUCAUUCAACUGUUUUGAUUUUGGGGUCACAGUGGGCAGUAUCUUUGAAGUGGUCUGGGCAAUCUUCAGACCUGGUACAUCUUUUGGAAUCAGUGUCUUGCGAGCUCUCCGGCUUCUAAGAAUAUUUAAAAUAACCAAGUAUUGGGCAUCUCUGCGAAAUUUGGUGGUGUCCUUGAUGAGUUCUAUGAAGUCUAUCAUCAGUUUGCUCUUCCUCCUCUUCCUCUUCAUUGUUGUCUUUGCUCUCCUAGGAAUGCAGCUGUUUGGAGGCAGGUUUAACUUUAAUGAUGGGACUCCUUCGGCAAACUUUGACACAUUCCCUGCAGCCAUCAUGACUGUAUUCCAGAUCCUAACAGGGGAGGACUGGAAUGAGGUGAUGUACAAUGGGAUCCGUUCCCAGGGUGGGGUCAGCUCAGGCAUGUGGUCAGCUAUCUAUUUCAUUGUGCUCACCUUGUUUGGAAACUACACACUGCUGAAUGUGUUCUUGGCCAUUGCUGUGGACAAUCUGGCCAAUGCCCAAGAGCUGACCAAGGAUGAGCAAGAAGAAGAGGAGGCUUUCAACCAGAAACAUGCAUUGCAGAAGGCCAAGGAGGUCAGCCCGAUGUCUGCACCCAACAUGCCUUCUAUCGAAAGAGACAGAAGGAGAAGACACCACAUGUCGAUGUGGGAGCCACGCAGCGGCCACCUGAGGGAGCGGAGGCGCCGGCACCACAUGUCGGUGUGGGAGCAGCGCACCAGCCAGCUGAGAAGGCACAUGCAGAUGUCCAGCCAGGAGGCCCUCAAUAAAGAGGAGGCCCCACCAAUGAACCCCCUCAACCCCCUCAACCCGCUGAGUGCCCUCAACCCACUCAAUGCCCACCCCAGCCUCUACCGGAGACCCAGGCCCAUCGAGGGCCUGGGCCUGGAGAAGUGUGAGGAGGAGCGCAUCAGCCGUGGGGGGUCCCUCAAGGGGGAUGGAGGGGACCUGUCGAGCGCCCUGGACAACCAGAGGAGCCCCUUGUCCCUGGGCAAACGGGAGCCACCGUGGCUGGCCAGGCCCUGUCAUGGCAACUGUGAUCCGACCCAGCUGGAGGCUGGGGGAGGGGAGACCAUGGUGACCUUUGAGGACCGUGCCAGACACAGGCAGAGCCAGCGGCGCAGCCGGCACCGUCGCGUCAGGACAGAAGGCAGGGAGCUGUCUUCCACCUCCCGGAGCAGGUCUGCCAGCCAGGAGCGGAGUCUGGAUGAGGCGGCACCCCCCGAGGGGGAGAAGGACAGCGAGCCCAGGGGCAGCCACGCGGGCAAGGCACCCACGAUCCAGGAAGAAGAGCGAGGCCAAGACUUAAGGAGGACCAACAGUCUGAUGGUGCCCAGAGGCUCUGGGCUGGCAGGAGCCUUCGACGAGGACAACAUGCCCCUGGUCCUGCCCCAGCCGGAGCUGGAAGUGGCGAAGGACACGGCGCUGACCGAGCAGGAGGUGGAGGGCAGCAGUGAGCGGGCCCUGCUGGGCGACGUGCAGUUGGACAUGGGCAGGGCCAUCAGCCAGAGUGAGCCUGACCUCUCCUGCGCCACCAACACAGACAAGGCCACCGCUGACAGCACCAGCGUCACUGUUGCCAUCCCCGACGUGGGCCCCUUGGUGGACUCAACUGUGGUUCACAUUAGCAACAAGACUGAUGGAGAAGCCAGUCCGCUGAAGGAGGCAGAGAUCAAAGAGGAGGAGGAGGAGGUGGAGAAGAAGCAGAAGAAGGAGAAGCGUGAGACGGGCAAAGCCAUGGUGCCCCACAGCUCCAUGUUCAUCUUCAGCACCACCAACCCGAUCCGCAGGGCCUGCCACUACAUCGUGAGCCUGCGCUACUUUGAGAUGUGCAUUCUCCUGGUGAUCGCAGCCAGCAGCAUCGCCCUGGCAGCCGAGGACCCCGUCCUGACCAACUCGGAGCGCAACAAAGUCCUGAGGUAUUUUGACUAUGUUUUCACUGGCGUGUUCACCUUUGAGAUGGUCAUAAAGAUGAUAGACCAGGGCUUGAUCCUGCAGGACGGGUCGUACUUCCGAGACCUGUGGAACAUCCUGGACUUCGUGGUGGUGGUUGGCGCGUUGGUGGCCUUCGCUUUGGCGAACGCUUUGGGAACAAACAAGGGGCGAGACAUCAAGACCAUCAAAUCUCUGAGGGUCCUCCGAGUUCUUAGGCCGCUGAAGACCAUCAAGCGCUUGCCCAAGCUCAAGGCUGUCUUCGACUGUGUGGUGACUUCCUUGAAGAACGUAUUCAACAUCCUCAUUGUCUACAAGCUCUUCAUGUUCAUCUUUGCUGUUAUUGCAGUCCAGCUCUUCAAGGGAAAAUUCUUUUAUUGCACAGACAGUUCCAAAGACACAGAGAAGGAGUGCAUAGGCAACUAUGUAGAUCAUGAAAAAAACAAGAUGGAGGUGAAAGGCCGGGAAUGGAAGCGCCACGAAUUCCACUACGACAACAUUAUCUGGGCCCUGCUGACCCUCUUCACCGUCUCCACAGGGGAAGGAUGGCCUCAAGUCUUACAGCAUUCUGUUGAUGUGACAGAGGAAGACCGAGGACCAAGCCGCAGCAACCGCAUGGAGAUGUCCAUCUUUUACGUGGUCUACUUCGUGGUCUUCCCUUUCUUCUUUGUCAAUAUCUUUGUGGCUCUCAUCAUCAUCACCUUCCAGGAGCAAGGGGACAAGAUGAUGGAGGAGUGCAGCCUGGAGAAGAACGAGAGGGCGUGCAUCGACUUCGCCAUAAGCGCCAAACCUCUCACCCGCUACAUGCCGCAGAACAGACACACCUUCCAGUACCGCGUCUGGCACUUCGUGGUGUCCCCGUCCUUCGAGUACACCAUCAUGGCCAUGAUCGCCUUGAACACUGUCGUGCUGAUGAUGAAGUACUACUCUGCUCCCUGCACCUACGAACUGGCCCUGAAGUACCUGAAUAUUGCCUUCACCAUGGUGUUCUCCCUGGAAUGUGUCCUAAAGAUCAUCGCGUUCGGCUUCUUGAACUAUUUUCGAGACACCUGGAAUAUCUUUGACUUCAUCACGGUGAUUGGCAGUAUCACAGAAAUCAUUCUGACAGACAGCAAGCUGGUGAACACCAGUGGCUUCAACAUGAGCUUUCUGAAGCUCUUCCGAGCCGCCCGCCUCAUCAAGCUUCUACGGCAGGGCUACACCAUCCGUAUUUUACUUUGGACCUUUGUGCAGUCCUUUAAGGCCCUCCCCUAUGUCUGCCUUCUGAUUGCCAUGCUUUUCUUCAUCUAUGCCAUCAUUGGGAUGCAGGUAUUUGGAAACAUAAAAUUAGAUGAGGAGAGUCAUAUCAACCGGCACAACAACUUCCGGAGUUUCUUUGGGUCCCUCAUGUUACUCUUCAGGAGUGCCACAGGUGAGGCCUGGCAGGAGAUAAUGCUGUCGUGCCUCGGGGAGAAAGGCUGCGAGCCCGACACCACUGCACCUUCGGGGCAGAACGAGAAUGAGCGCUGUGGCACAGAUCUGGCCUACGUUUACUUUGUCUCCUUCAUCUUCUUCUGCUCCUUCUUGAUGCUCAACCUGUUCGUGGCCGUCAUCAUGGACAACUUUGAGUACCUGACUCGGGACUCCUCCAUCUUAGGGCCUCACCACUUGGAUGAGUUUGUCCGUGUCUGGGCAGAAUAUGACAGAGCUGCAUGUGGCCGCAUCCAUUACACUGAGAUGUAUGAAAUGCUGACUCUCAUGUCACCACCGCUAGGCCUCGGCAAGAGAUGUCCCUCCAAAGUGGCAUAUAAGAGGUUGGUCCUGAUGAAUAUGCCAGUAGCUGAGGACAUGACAGUCCACUUCACCUCCACACUUAUGGCUCUGAUCCGGACAGCUCUGGACAUCAAAAUCGCCAAAGGUGGUGCAGACAGGCAGCAGCUAGACUCGGAGCUGCAAAAAGAGACCCUGGCCAUCUGGCCUCACCUGUCCCAGAAGAUGCUAGAUCUGCUUGUGCCCAUGCCCAAAGCCUCUGACCUGACUGUGGGCAAAAUCUAUGCAGCAAUGAUGAUCAUGGACUACUAUAAACAGAGUAAGGUGAAGAAGCAGAGACAGCAGCUGGAGGAACAGAAAAAUGCACCCAUGUUCCAGCGCAUGGAGCCCUCAUCUCUGCCUCAGGAGAUCAUUGCCAAUGCCAAAGCCCUGCCCUAUCUCCAGCAGGACCCUGUUUCAGGCCUGAGUGGCCGUAGCGGAUACCCUUCGAUGAGUCCGCUCUCCCCCCAGGAAAUAUUCCAGUUGGCUUGUAUGGACCCAGCCGAUGGACAGUUCCAGGAACAGCAGUCUCUGGAGCCAGAGGUUAGUGAAUUAAAAAGCGUGCAGUCCUCUAACCAUGGCAUCUACCUUCCUUCGGACACCCAGGAGCAUACGGGAUCGGGGAGGGCAUCCUCUAUGCCACGCCUGACUGUGGAUCCCCAGGUGGUGACAGAUCCCAGCUCCAUGAGACGUUCAUUUUCCACGAUUCGGGAUAAGCGUUCAAAUUCCUCAUGGUUAGAGGAAUUCUCCAUGGAGAGAAGCAGUGAAAACACCUACAAGUCACGUCGUCGGAGUUACCACUCCUCACUGAGACUGUCAGCUCAUCGCCUGAAUUCUGACUCAGGCCACAAGUCUGACACCCAUCGCUCAGGGGGCAGAGAGCGGGGGCGGUCGAAAGAGCGAAAGCAUCUUCUCUCUCCCGAUGUCUCCCGCUGCAAUUCAGAGGAGCGAGGGACCCAGGCCGACUGGGAGUCCCCAGAGCGCCAGCAGUCCAGGUCUCCCAGUGAGGGCCGGUCACAGACCCCCAACAGACAGGGCACAGGUUCCCUGAGUGAAAGCUCCAUCCCCUCCAUCUCUGACACCAGCACCCCAAGACGAAGUCGCCGGCAGCUCCCACCUGUUCCCCCAAAGCCACGGCCCCUCCUUUCCUACAGCUCCCUGCUGCGCCACACCGGGAGCAUCUCCCCGCCGGCUGACGGAAGCGAGGGCGGCUCCCCGCUCACCUCCCAGGCGCUGGAGAGCACGGAGGCCGGCCUGGUGGAGGCUCCCAGCUCCCGGCUUGUCCAGCAGGGCCAACACUGCUCCCCUCAGCGCUACAUCUCCGAGCCCUACCUGGCCCUGCACGAAGACUCCCACGCCUCAGACUGUGGCGAGGAGGAGACGCUCACCUUCGAAGCCGCCGUGGCCACCAGCCUGGGCCGCUCCAAUACCAUUGGCUCGGCACCGCCACUGAGGCAUGGCUGGCAGAUGCCCAACGGGCACUAUCGGCGGCGGCGGCGCGGGGGGCCUGGGCCCGGCGUCAUGUGUGGGGCUGUCGGCGACCUCCUGAGUGACACGGAAGAAGACGACAAGUGCUAGAGGCUGCUCCCCCCUCCGAUGCAUGCUCUUCUCUCCACCGAGUUGGGAAGCCAGUGCUGCCCGGGGGGGAAGGAAGAGGGAGGAGGAAGAUGGGAGGACACCGUGCAUCAUCAGACGAGAGGAACGAAGGGACACCAGGAAAACCAGGGGCACUCGCCCCAUUGCUUUACUUCCCUUUGCAAGAUGGGCCCUGCCCACGGGCUGCCUCUUUGCUGGGGACAGGAAAUUGGAGAAGGCACAGGGGGCUUCCCAUGGCAGGAGGGACGUGAGGAUGGCUUUGCUUCCCCUUGCCCCUUCCCCCUUUGCCGUCAGCUCAGCUACAGAGGGAUGGAGCUGGCCUGUGUCUACACCCCUUGCCCUGAAAAGCCUGGAAGACUUUCUGGCUCUUCGCUAGGGAGUUGUGGAGACCCCAGCAGAGGGGUCCUCUCCCUCAGCAGCUCUUGCUCCCCAGCCAGCACCCCUGCCAGGGAGGGCAACCACAGGAGCAUCUCCUGCACACUCCCCUCCGGCUUGCUUCCCCCAGAGAAGUGUAGGCUAAGUGCGGGAGUGUUGGAUGCCAGGGGUCGGAGGCCAAAAGGGAAAAGUUGAAGUGGCAGAAGGGGUCAGGGUGCUGUGGCAGCAGCAGCGAGGGCUGGUCUGGGUGAGCAAAGCCAUAGUCCGGCAGCCCGGACCCUGGGGGAGAGGCUCAAAGAGAGGGAGGGAAUGGGGGGUGCGGGGAGGGACAGUCCCGUCUCUUUGAAGCCUGUCACCUCCUCAGUAGGUGCUGGGUUAGGAUAGGCCAGGGACAGCCCUCAGGCUCCACCGAGGCUCUGGGAAGGGUAUAUUUGGAAAGCAUUUACCAACCCCUGUGGCCAGAGCACCAGCCGGUGUGAGCAGAAGUCCAGCCAGGACUCUGCCAGGCCUUAGCCCUGCAAAUGCUGGUCCUAAGGGAUCUCUGAGGGUGGGGUGAGUACGGUGAGGGGCACUUAAGGCAGAGUCUGUUUUCCAUCCAGUAGAGAAGAAUCUGGAACCAGCACAUAGGGCCGAAUGUCAAGGUAGACUCUGGGCCAGGAGGCAGUGGGCCUUUCUGCCAAGCAGCGAGGCCCCGAGCCAGAGGCCCAGGCUUCCCUGCCACUCCCUGAGAUGGUAGUGCACACAUACCCAAGGUGGGCCCUCCAUCACUGAGUAGAGACUUCUAGAGCGAGAGGAAAGGUGGCCAGACCGACAUGUGAAACUUCCAUGAGAGAGUCAGGCUGAGUUCACUGAGGACCUCCUGGGAGGAGGACCCCUUCCACAGCUAGUUGGUGAAGUGAAGUUCAGUUUGUCCUGACACUUUGAAGGUGAUUAGUCAAUAUACCUCAGCUGAGACCUGGGCUGCUCCUCCUAGCCACGGAGACUCUGAUGCGACCUCAUCACACAGUGUCAUGAGAUGGGGGUUCCCCAUGGCCCUGCAUAUUCCCUGGGGCCGGGACGAGGCUUUUUCUCUCCCCAGGGUAAGAGCUGGGCAGAAGACGGCCUCAGGCCACUGUGUUAUUCUUAACCACCAACCCCCCAAACUCAGAAGCAUGGAGAAAGAGAGAGACUUCCUCGACUAAUCAGUCCUCGCCUUGUAUCGAUUGUCCACUCGGGGAAGCACAUCACUCCCUCUAUCUGGUGGAAAUGUCCCAUCCCCUCAACUUCCUCCCCUGUCUCCUCCCAGGGGCUGGAAGGGUCUGCUGGAGAAGGGUGCCAGGCAGGCCUUCCCUUCACAGCCACGAGCAGGCCGAGCUGGCCUCACAGGCCCCUCCCCUGGCCCAAGAUCCCCGUGGCUGAACCCUCUCCCCAUCCUCCUCCAGCCAAGCCAGCCUCCACCUCUUGGGGAGGAGAAGUGAGGAGCUGUUAUUUUUCUUAGAAGGAGCCUCUUUUGACUUCUGAAGUUUUUUGUUUGUUUUGGUUGAAAUAGAACUAAGGCAUAGUUGCUUCUACCCUGAAAAGCCAAAUACAACCGUGGGGCUGCAGAAUCAUUGCUCAUGGCCCCGCCUUCUCUUUUAGAUACUGAUGGAGCUUCAUGACCCCCAGGCAGCCCCCACAUCAAAGUAGGCCCAGGGCAGGAGACCAUGGAGGCAGAACAGAAGCCGCCUCCUCCCCGACCUAAUGUCCAUUUUCACUGCACUCUCCUGCUCACUACUUGCGUGCUUGGGAGUAGCUGCCCAUGUGAACGCAACUACGUCACACCCUGAUCUGAACAGGCGUGCCCCCCUUUACGGAAGACUCAGAUGCUGGGCCUUGUAGUGUUUGAAAAGUUUCCUCUGCCCUGUGUCAUUUCAUGCCAAAGUGCCGCAGUGGGCUGUUUUCUGUGCACAAAUUUGCAUUCUUCCCCCUCAGAAAUGCAGCUUUCCCUAGGGACAGGCCUACCCCAGGACAGCCGCUCUGAGUCAGCAAGCCUCUUGCACUGUGGUGUGAGAACAGGAAUUGAUCUCUUCUGCCAUCUCAACAGGAGGAAUUUAGCCUGGCAGAGCAAUUACCAGAAAUGGGAUUUGCCUGUAAACCACAUUAUGAACACAAAAUUUACUGUGCCAGGAACCCUCCCUGGACACCUGAACUCCUUAAACUCACAUACACACCCAAGCACCGGAGUCUCGAAUGCGGUGGUAUCGAGCCUUGCAGAGGCAGUCCCCCGACCAACCACUGGGGUUUUUCUAGAACCAAUGAACUUAGGAACACUCUUACUCAGUUUCCCCUGACCAAGAAAUUGGGUUUCUUAUCCCUGAGCCUGCAUUUACCGUUCUAGUAAGACCAGAAAAUAAAAGACAGUUUUCUGUUAAGUCACGGAACUCAUAAUCUGUUUCCUUCCACCUCUUAAUAAAUGUGACCUUCCCCCUUCCCUCUAAUAGCUGACCAGGAUAUCCCUUCCCACGUGUCAGAUUCUGUCUCUUCUCUCUCCCUUGAAAAGAAGGUCCUUGAGAUCUCAAAACCUGUGCUGCUCUUCUUUGGAUGAAAAAGUAUGGCAGCAUCUCGAGAAAUGCCAAGCAAACUGGAAACUGUUGGAGAUAACACCGAAUGAUUAAACGGAGUACUGCAGGUCCCCUCAGAAGAACAUUUAUCUCUGUCCAGUUUCCAUUGCUAUUGUUAGUCUUCGGCAUCUCCUCAAAACAAAGAGGGAGGGAUGGGGGAAAAGAGUAGAGGAGGAAAAGAAAUCAAGGUAGAUAUUCUAACUAGGUCUGUGUUUAGAUGCUCCUCUCUUCACUUCCAGACAGACUUCUGGUGGGGAAUUCACGUGUCUCCCUCUCUCAAUCCCCAUGAGGGCAGAAUGCCAGCAGGCCUUCAGACACAGGGCAAGAGCUCUAGGCCAAGAUGCUCUGUGAGCCAGGGUCUGGAUAGAAUUACCUACACUAUGAAGAGAUGGUACCUUCGAGCAUCUCCCCCACCCCACCCCCAGGGUUGACUUACAUAAGCCAUGAACACGACCGCCCAAUGUGGGUCUGUCCACUCUUCUAGCUGAAGAAUCUAUUUCUAUUCUGGGCUUCACUUCUCCCCACUCAAUGUCCCUAUGGGGUACUGAAAUCAUGGAUAAUGUUUCUCUGAAACUGAAAUUCAGAUGUUCUGGAUUAGACCACCUUUUGACUCUGGGACCACACAAAGACGACCCCAUAUUCCACCACUCAGCCAACGUCUUCUUUCUACACACAUCCAUCUCUCCCCUGGCCUUUGUGAUGAGCCUCAGUAUCUCCUGCCUUCUGUUCUCCCAUCCCAGCUCUUGUUUUGCUGCAUGUUAUCACUGACUUAACUCCUGAAAUGUUUUAAAUCCACCCAGUCCAAGCUUAUUUGCUGACCUGCCUGUUUCUGCUGUUGGGGAAUGCAUCAUUCUCAUAAAAAUAGUUGGGAACUCACCAGGUAAUAUUCACAAGGUGAUCUGAACCAGUAUAAGGUGCAGUACUAUUGGGGUGAGUGGGGGAUAUGAAAUGUCCGCAUAUUCAAUGAAAGUCCACUUGAGGGAAAUUAGGUCUCUCUUGGCAUAAUGGAACAAAAUUUAAUAAUUUUGGUUUUUUUUAAAGAAAGUUCUCAAUUUUCCAUUACAUCCUAUUUCUAAAGCCUGCUCUGGAUGUUUCAUUUUUGGACAGAGUAUUUGUUCAGUGGGUUGAGCCAGGGAUAAGCUGAGAUUCUUUAAUUUCUCAGCCCAGCUGUAAUAAAUAUGAGGUCAUAAUAAGAAAAGGCAUAUGUAUAGCAGGCGGGAAGCAGAUGGUCAUCUACUUUGCUGGGAUUUUGUGAGACUUGAAGGUUAAGGAAUUUUCACCCUAUUUUUAUCAGUUUCAUGUUUGUUAUGUUUUGAGACCCUCAGAGACCUGGUGCCAGUGUGCACAAAGAAUCUUGGGGAGGACAGGCAUUCCCAUGACUUGGGGUAGCCUCUUCCUCACCAGAUUCUUCCAUCCUGUCCGUCCGUCCUUCCUGGAUUCCCAGGCACUGAACACUGUCCAAGAGGUGCAGGUGAGGAGUAAGGCAAAAAAAAAAAAAAAAAAAAAAAAGAAGUGGGCCUCCUGCCCGUGGCCAGAGCAUGAUGGUUUAAUUCCAGGCAAGAGCCUCCUGAGGAAUCAGGUCUAGGUUUGGAUAAAGAGAUCUCCACACUGAGGCUCUUAUUUUAACAAAAGCCACACAGAGGUAGCUCAGGACUUAGGACCUAAGUUGGCAUGAUAUGAUCAGAAGAGAUGCCACGUUAACGAGCGCUGCCUUUAUCUGUAGCUCUUUCUGACUUUUGUUUUUUCUUUGGUGAACUACCCUGUAUACUGUAGCCGUUUAGCCUGACAGAGCCCCAGCUGAUGGCUUUGCUGGUUGCAGCCCCAGACUUAGCUGAAGACUGCUGGGGUGAUCUGCCAGUCAUCAUGUGCCGUCACUCAGUCAGAAGGACACAGAUGUACCAUUUUGGGCUGGGGGAGACUAGGAACAGAAAAAACUGUCUUUGGUUUCUGAUGCCUUUUUCUUCCCUUAAAUCCUUUCUGCUUUGACCCUCUGAGGCUUAGGCAUCCCAGAGAAAUCAGGUCAAGUCAAAGAUAACAGAUUCAUAGAUUGUCCCAACCUUCCCAAAGGGCCUGGAAAGCUUCUCUUAACAAAACUCAAGUUAGUUGGUUGAGAAAUUUGAAUGAGACUCACAGCAGAGGCAAAUGGAUGGCUGGGGUACCUCUGAACUUCCCUUCUAUUUUUGUAGUCUUCCUUCUGAUCCCUUCCAUCACGCUAAAAAUGGGGUGGGGGCGGCCCUAGCAUCCUGACCUUCUAAAUGCAAAAAGAUUUUAUAACAAGCCAUGCUACUAUGUAAAUACAUGAUUGAAGUUUGAAAUCUUAUUUCUGGGGGUAUGAAAGAGUUGAGCAGAUCUGAUGAUAAAAAAUGGUAAGGGGAUCUAUGUUUAUUUUUAUUUGCGAUCUUUUUGUUUGGAUUUUUUGUAUCAGACCCGCUCUAAAAUAGCAAUGAAGGAUAAAUGUGUGCUCUGCAGUGUUUCUGAAUCACCUUCUAAUUAAUUUCCAUCAAACUUAAUAUAUUUGAGCCAAAAAUCAGAGGUAUACAGUACCAGUUCCAUCUUCUCUCUUUGGUGGAUUUUUGUUUUUUGGGUUUUUGUUUUUGUUUUUGUUUUUGUUUUUUGUCUUCUUCUAAGCCUCUGUCUCUUGUUUCUAGGGACUUAAAAUAUAACCUAGAUGAACGUAAAGCAGCCUGAAAACUUAGUGAAAGCCAAGGAAAUAAUAGAAUGGAUAUAGAUUUUUUUCAAGACAUCUUUAACCAAUAAAUACAGAGUUUAUGUCUUGAGAAGAUAAAAUUUUAAGAGUGUAGUAAUCUGGUAACUGGAAAUUAUUGGGAGUCAAAAAUAAUUCUAUCCCAGCCUUCUGUACUCGUGCCUUCAGCAAGGUAUUGCAUCUGCGUGCUUUAUUUCCCUCAUUAGGAAAGCUGAAAUACUAAUGCUUGGCUAAUUCAUGGGGUAUGUUUGUAAGUCAAUUAAUAUCACAUCAUUUAACAUACUUAGUCUCCACAAAUCAACUUAGAAAAAUCUUCUCUUCUUAUAUCCCACUAAGGACCUAUGAAAUUCUUGGCAUCACUAGAAACUUCAUGUUUAAUGGAACCCAAAUCCCAGAUUUGCUUUAAUUUCACCAGCUAUUGUUCCCGUUUUCCCUUCCUCUUCUUUUUCACUCUCUAAUUUAAAAAAAAAAAAAAAAAUCAAGACUUUUUUUUUUCUUAAAUGCAGGAAAGAAGUUGAGUUUUCAUGAUCAGAGCUUCCUGGUAUCUUCUUUUUGUGGACACUUAAGCCAGUGUUAGAUCAAAUAACCAUUCUCUAAUGCUUAGGAUCCUCACGAAGACCUCUUUUCUAACCCAACAUUGAGUCUUUUCUGUCUUUGUUCUGCCAGUUUGUCAGAGAGAAGGGAUGGAUUACUCUCUCUAUUCUGGAACCAGAUCUGUAGGAUCUGUACCAGGUACUACCACGUCCUCCUCAGUUCACCCAGAGGUGGGCCCCAAAACUGAAAGGGUAUUAAUCACAGCUGCCAAAUCCAAAUUUGACCUUAUCUGGUGACUCAAUUUUCUUUCCGGUAAUCUGAUUUCUUACAGUGAUGGCCUGUACCACACAGGAACCCACUGCCCAAAGGAAGUCUAUUAGAAAUCCAUAUAAGGGGUGAGCAAGAAAAACACACUCCAAAAUUUAAAGUGCCAUUAAACCCAUUAAAAAAAAAAUAAGGGUAAUAUGAAAUGAGGGCUAAACAGUGUAAUCUAACUGCCAAUUAAAGUAUACAGUAGUUCUGGUCUUAGCUACAUUUGAUAGGGAAUUAUAUCACAUUAAGCAGAUCCCAGCAGAUUUAGUAAAAACAUAGGCAUUCAAUUUUAAUGGCUACCAAUGGGGAUAUAUACUUAGCCUGCGGGCCAAACUUCAAUCAGUGUUUUUCUAUCCUGGUGUUUUGUGAACAAGCCAAAAUUUAUACAAAGCCACCCUAAAUGCUGCAAUUGCAGAGGAACCUCCCUCUUGGUGAUAUGAGAACAGUCCAACUCCACUCAAAUUGAGUCUAAAAUUUGGAACUCGACCAGAAAAACAAAUGGAGGAGAAAAAUCUAAUGCACAAGUUGAUUUGACAUAUUUGUAGCUGGGGCAAUGUGAGCAGAGCCUAGGAAGACAAACUAUAGAACAAAGACAAGGUUGAGGUAGAAAAUAUCAGCUAGUCCCAGGAAAAGAAGGUGUAUGACUUGAGAUAGUCUUUUACUAGAUCAGUGGUAUACGUGUUAGCAAGAUACAGGAUUCAGAGCAGUACUUCCUGCCAAGCUCACCAAAGGUAGUGGAUUUGAAGGCUUCAGUGGAUUAAUAGAGCCCUGAACAAAUUUUUCAGACCUGGGAGAUGGAGAGAAAGGAGGUUCAUGCUUUAAAGCAGCCCGAAGACAAUCUCUGUGACUUUAUCAACUCUUCAGUAUAGUAGUGCCAAUAGUGGAGAGAUUUCACUGAUCUUCCUGGUGGUACAAAUGCCAACAGGAGGGGAGGGGAGAGGGGUGGUGAGUGGGACAGAGGAUGAGCUUUAUCAGGAAGAGAUUUCAAACUGUGAAGGGUGCACCGGUACUAGCCCCAAAGGAUAUCAUUGCAAAAAAGUAGACCAACGGGUGUCCAGGCCAUACCCUCUGUGCUUUGGGACCUAAGGCCAGGCCAUUCCCACCUUGAUUUGCUCUUAGAGGAGGAGCUUGUAAGAUGGAAUCAAGAGGGAAAAUGGGUGCUCUGCCUUAGGCUGUUAGAAACGCUGCCACCUGCAUUACAAACCACAUGUGAGUCAAAGACGCUUGAGACACUUCCUUAUGGGCAGCAUCCACUGUGGUGCACCAGACUGACACCCCUUCAGGAAUGGUGUUUAAAUGGCAGCCAGUGCUGGCCCGCCCAGAGUAUCGGUGCAUCUUUCCUAAAGCCAGAAUUCAGCACUGCAUGUUGACCAGGUGGAUAUCCUGUAAUAUAAAUGCUCGUUUGGAUCCAAAAGGAAAAUUAUUAAAAAUAAAAGAAAGAUGAACAAC